ACGCCACGGACAAAGGAUUACUUUUACAAUGACUUUGGUUUUCAUUGCUGUUCUGGCAAUUUCAAUAACUGCAUGUAAUGGACAGUGUUUUGCUGAAAAAAACAACAACCCUAAUGGUUGCACUUAUAAAGGGGUGACACAUGCCCUUAACACAGAGUGGGAGACUGAAGUCUGCCAAAAAUGCUCAUGUAAACAAGAUGUAAUGAGUUGUUGUCCAAAAUACACAACUCCAGUGAAUAUUGACAAAGAUUGUAUUUCAAUUUUUGAUGAAAAAAACUGUAUUUACAGAGUUGUCAGGAAAGAUGAUCCGUGUAAACAAUGUAAAAUUAAUAAUGCGGUUGGUUAAGAAUAAAUAUCAUUGAACCAGG